GCGUGGAAGUUAAGACGCUGCCUUCCUGGACACUUAAAACGUGACAAACAAGUUACCUGCGAGCGUUCACGUGUUGAACUACACCAUGCAGAGGCUGAACCUUUUAAAGGACUCAUUCUUCGGCCUGGAUGUUGUCCAGCAGCAGCUUGUGGUUGGUUCUGCUGUGGCCUUGGCAGCAGGUGGAAUCCUACUGUACGCCAUGCAGAGAAGGCCCAAGGUGAAAACGAUCCCACUUGGUGAAGGAUGGUGGGGAGCAGGAGAGAAGACCCUGUCAGAGGAUAAGAAGAUCCACCCCUUCACAGUGAAAACCUCAGAUGAAGAGAUUAAGGACCUGCAUGAGCGCAUUGACAAAACCCGCUACACCGACCCGUUGGAAGAAAGCAGCUUCAACUAUGGCUUCAACUCCACUUACCUUAAGAAAGUGGUUUCAUACUGGAGGGAUGAGUUUGACUGGAAGAAGCGGGUGGCCGUGCUAAACCAGUAUCCACACUUCAAAACCAAAAUCGAAGGGCUGGAUGUGCACUUCAUUCACGUGCGUCCACCGCACCGAGCGGAUCAGAAGGUUGUGCCUCUCAUGCUCGUUCACGGCUGGCCUGGCUCCUUCUACGAGUUCUACAAGAUUCUGCCACUUCUCACUCAGAACCGCAGUGGCGUUGCGUUUGAGGUCAUAAUCCCCUCCAUCCCGGGCUAUGGCUUCUCAGAAGCCCCACAUAAACAGGGAUUUAACAGUCUGGCUGCUGCCCGAGUUUUCCUGACUCUCAUGGAACGCCUGGGCUUUUCCCAGUUCUAUCUGCAAGGAGGAGACUGGGGCUCGCUCAUCACCACUAACAUGUCACAGAUGAAGCCUGACUGUGUGAAGGGUCUCCACCUGAACAUGUGUGUGUCAAACAGAGGCUUCAAAGUGUUGUUGUCUAUGAUUAUUGGUCCGUAUCUGCCCUUCCUGGUGGGCUUCAGUCGGGAAGAUGUCCGCCGGCUGUUCCCUUACUUUGAGAAGAAUGUCUGGGAAAUGCUGAGGGAAUCUGGCUACCUUCACAUUCAGGCCACUAAACCAGACACUGCAGGCUGUGGACUGAACAGCUCACCUGUGGGUUUGGCAGCUUACAUUCUGGAAAAGUUCUCCACCUGGGCGGAUAAGAAGAACAGAGAUCUGGAAGAUGGUGGACUGGAGAGAAAAUUCAGCCUGGACGACCUCUUGACGAAUGUUAUGAUCUACUGGACCACAGGCUCCAUCGUCUCCUCCAUGAGGUUCUACAAAGAGAACCUUAAAGGCAACCCCAGCAACCGAAUCGAUGCAAAGACGGGAACAUUUGUCCCCACUGGAUUGGCUGCUUUCCCGCAGGAGCUGAUGCACUGCCCCAAAUCGUGGGCACAAAUUAGGUAUCGAAACAUCCAAUCCUACACGUUCAUGCCUCGAGGUGGCCACUUCGCUGCCUUUGAAGAGCCUCGGCUGCUAGCUGACGACAUUAUCCAGUUUGUCAAGAAAGUAGAAAAGCUCUGAACCCUUGAAUGUAUUCUCAGACCAGUGCAGUAAUUGUAUGGUUUUAUUAUGACAUCCUUUACAAAUUCUUCUAUUCUCCUUUUGUCACAAUGUGCCUCGUUAAAAUGUUUCAAAAGCUGUAAACGUAUACAGAUAAUUCAUUAAACUGUUCAAGUUAUGCUCAGUAAAAGUAU